UCUCUCUCUGUAUAAAGACAAUUGUAAUGUACACACAUCUGCGUCCACAUCAGACACCGUGAACAUUUCUUUUAGACAAAAAGUCAGAUAUAGUCUAGUCCAUUCACUGCGGAUGGAGGCAACUAGCCGUCAGUUGAUGAAGAGGAAGUAGACCUUUCACAGCAACAAAACAGAAGGAGCAUCGACUGACAAAACAUUACGACACGUCGAAAAUGGAUAAACAAAAGUGAAAAACAACGUCCAUAGGAUGAAAGAAUGUUCUAUUCGAAUAACUCGUUUGAUUUUUACUUUCGAACAUGCACAUACAAAUCGUUUUCAUUUUGUUUCGAUUAAUUUCAAUCCUAAUUUUUUAAUUGAGCUUAAAUUAGUCCAUUGAAAGUGAUAUUGUGACCGCAACUAUUGGCUCACAUACCGCCUCUAUCUGUCUAUCCUGCCAGGAUUGGACGACAUGGAAACAUGUGGCGAUGAGAGAACAAGAAGACAGGACCAAUCAGAGAAGCCUGGUGGGCGAACGGCAGCCAGUGAGAGAUCAGCUGGAUGCUGUGCUUGCGAUAUCCCAACAGCAGUAAAACACGACUCUAGUCUUCUUGCCACUGAAGCGGCUAAACUCCACCGAGCGCGCAGAUCAAGCCCACCACCGGGGGUUUAAAAGGAGAUGGUUCCAGUGUCAUUCCGAGUUAGACGUCGUUUAGUGGAGAUGGAAACCAGCAGCAGCAAUAAGUCACUAAUGGCUAUGCAUCACGGUUCAUCCGGUAACGGCAGCGGGGCAGCUUUGCGGAGGCCGAAAUGCGCUCGAUGUCGCAAUCACGGAGUCAUUUCUUGGCUGAAGGGCCACAAACGCCACUGCCGCUUCAAAGAUUGUCUCUGCGUCAAGUGUAAUUUGAUCGCCGAGAGACAACGGGUCAUGGCCGCUCAGGUAGCACUCAAGCGACAACAAGCGACGGAAGACGCAAUUGCUCUUGGAUUGCGCUCUGUCGCCAGUGGAACUAGGAUGCCUUUCUUACCACCUGGGCCCAUCUUCGGAGGACGAGAUUCACCUAAGAAAGAAGAACUGAUGGACGAAUCAAUGUACAAUUCUGGUUCGGAUGACGAGGAGUUGAGAUGCAUCGGUCAAGAACACCAACAGCGAACAGUGGAGAAGGUAUUGAAUUUGGCACUCAACAAUAACGACGAUCCGGCGAACAUGGAGCCUUCAUCGGGAACUGUUAAGGAUCGGGCGGUUCAGCAUCACGGCUCUCUUGACAUGUUAACCCGAGUCUUCCCGUUUCACCCGAAGAAUGCAGUAGAAAGCGCACUUGAAACUUGCGGUGGGGAUGUCGCUAAAGCUGUCCAGCAAUUGGUUGGGCAUCAACCGCAACAACAUCAGUCAUCGUCAGGUGUCAUCACGACAAGCUGUUCCGAGGAAAUACCGAUGAUGGCAUCAAACCAAAAGACAACUACCGCCGGUGGUAACUUGUUAAUGGCAACAACCGGAUCCAACAAAUCUGCUUUCUUACCAACGUCCUCAUCGUCAUCCAAUUUAAUGUCGGUUCCAGUAACGUCAUCUCCCAAUCGUCCUAUAUUCGCUCCAACAUCUUCGUCAGCAUCCAUGGCCUAUCCAUCAGCCUUGCGGAUGAUGUCUUCCUAUCCGACGGCAGCUGGGAUGAUGUCAUUUUUGCAUCCAUCGGCUUAUUUCGCGGCUGCCGCCUCUGCAGCCGCAGCUGCGGCCAGCAGUCCUCACUCGUACCCGUGGCUUUUCCCCAAUCAUUACAGGCCAUCGGCUCUUGUCACACCGCAACAUCACCAGUUCCAACAUCUCUGUUUGCCCGGAUGUUCUGUAUGCCCCAUUUCGACAUCGGCCGGAACAUCAUCUUCGUCUUCCUCACCUGGCGAAAGCGCUUCCUGCAAUCUCAACAGCAACAAAGCGCCAACUCUGACGCUGGCAUCAUCGUCGCCGGAAGACAUGUUCAAAAGUAAUCUUGGCAGAAAUAAAGAAUUGUUGUUCCAACACAGCAAUAACAUUUGAUUGGUUUUUUACGUUUUUCACGUCUGAUUAUCACAUUAGACAUGAAUUCAUUUACUGGCUGACUAGCCAAAUGUCUGUAAUUUUAUACUUGAUCAUUUAAUAUUUAGUAGCUAUACAGCUAUACUUCAUUCGUUCACUUCUGUUCAUUCUGAUGAGAUACACAA